GCGUCCUUUUUUGACAACAAAUCAAUAAUAUAUUUUUUGUUUCAAAAAACAGAAUUUCCCGAAAUAAAUUCCUUCCUGUCCAAAAAUCAGUUUCCCGACCACCGCCCGCACUACAACACACACCCAAACAGAUUCAAUUACCGCCCUCCCAUUCCUUUCAAUCUCUUCCCCUUCUUCUUCUUCUUCCUCCACAGUUCAUCAUUAAUGGCGAUCUCAUCGCCGUCGUCACUCUCUCCGCCGCCGUCGUCUUCUUCCUCCUCCUCAUCGACCACGUCAAUUCCUCAAUCGCGAUUGCCAUCUCCGGCUCCUUCAUCCCUAAUUAAAUAACAAACAACCACAAAUACAGCGACUACGUACCCCCCAUCUCUAUAUUAAUUGCUCCCAAUUUUGUUCUGCCCUUUCUCUUCCUCUUCGUCUUCUUCUCCUGCUCCGCACAGCAGCUCUGUAAAUCUUCCAUUUCAUUUGUCAUUUAUAUAUGGGACACCACCCUCAUUCCCACGCCCAUCAGCACAACACCAGCGAUGGCGUCUCGCAGCGAGUCAAUAGCCCUCGCUUCACGGGCUCCAUGACUCGCCGGGCCACUUCCUUCAAGCGCAACCCCAACGCCACCACCAACGCCGCCCCCGCAGCCGCUGUCUCCGCCGCCGGUAAUGCGACGGGCGCCGCGGGCAACGGCGGCGGUGGCAGCGCUGCUCAGACGGCCAGCAACAGCACGGCCAACAGCGCCGGGGCCAGUCCCAGGUUCGGCUCCGGGGGGGACGAGAUUGAUCUCCAGAUCACCUCGCCUAGAUCUGAAGUCGUCGUCGUGGACGGUUUCGAUCGCCAGCACCUCGUCCAGAGAGUACACGCCGGUGUCGCCAGGAGUAGUAAGAAGGGCGGCGGGGGAAUCGGAUCCGUCGUGCGGGAUUUUGGCUUCCGGGAGCGGAAGAAGCUCGGGCAGUGGAUGUUCUUUGUCUUCUGCGGCGUUUGUUUGUUUCUAGGCGUGUUUAAGAUUUGCGCCGGCGGCUGGUUUGGAUCUGCGCUCGACGGCUCCACCUACCAUCAGGAUUUGCCUGAUUCUGUCACCCAAGUAGACUUGGAUGAGAGCUCCCACAUUUCUGACACUUUUGAGUAUAAAGACAAUGGCGAUGGAGAUAGAAAUCUGAAGGCGGUCACUGCAGGCGUAUCUCUUGGUGAUGAUGCCAAGGUGGAAGAUGUGGAUCGAAAUCUAAAAAUGGUGACCGCUGGACUAGCUAACAGUAUUGGUGGCAAGGUUGAGUUGUCAGGUAUCUGGGCAAGACCUGACAGUGAUAAUUUCACCCACUGCAUUGACUUACCAAGAAGUCAUAAAAAGCUAGAUGCAAAAACAAAUGGUUAUAUCCUCAUAAAUGCUAAUGGUGGCUUAAAUCAGAUGAGAUUUGGGAUCUGUGACAUGGUUGCUGUGGCUAAGAUUAUGAAGGCAACACUGGUCCUUCCCUCUCUUGAUCACACCUCGUAUUGGGCAGAUGACAGUGACUUCAAGGAUCUGUUCAACUGGCAACAUUUCAUUGAGACACUACAGGAUGAAGUACACAUAGUUGAGACUUUACCAGCACCUUAUUCAGGAGUGGAGCCUUUUAUGAAAACACCAAUAUCUUGGUCUAAGGUUAGUUAUUAUAAAACCGACGUCUUGCCAUUGCUGAAGCAGCACAGAGUAGUCUACUUUACGCACACUGAUUCUCGGAUUGCAAACAAUGGUAUUCCGGAUUCAAUCCAAAAACUAAGAUGUCGUGUGAAUUAUAGGGCAUUGAAAUAUGCCAAACCAAUAGAAGAACUUGGAAACUUGCUGGUGGCAAGAAUGAGAGUAAAUGGCAAUCCUUACCUUGCACUUCAUUUGAGGUAUGAGAAGGAUAUGCUUGCAUUUACUGGCUGCAGUCACAGUUUAAGCGCAGAAGAGGACGAGGAGCUACGCAUCAUGCGUUAUGAAGUGAAUCAUUGGAAGGAGAAAGAGAUAAAUGGGACAGAAAGAAGGUUGCAAGGUGGUUGUCCAUUGACUCCUAGGGAGACUUCUCUACUGUUGAGAGCACUGGGUUUUCCUUCCAGCACUAGGAUUUACUUGGUAGCUGGCGAGGCCUAUGGGAAUGGGAGCAUGCAGUAUCUCGAGGACGACUUCCCGAACAUAUUCUCGCAUUCAUCUCUGGCUACAGAAGAGGAGCUGGAACCUUUCAAGAAUCAUCAGAACAUGUUGGCUGGUAUAGACUAUGUUGUUGCACUUCAGAGUGAUGUGUUUGUGUAUACAUAUGAUGGAAAUAUGGCUAAGGCAGUUCAGGGGCACCGUCGAUUUGAGAACUUCAAGAAGACCAUCAACCCCGACAAGAUGAACUUUGUGAAACUUGUGGAUGAGCUAGACGAGGGGACAUUGUCAUGGAAGAGGUUCAGUUCCAAAGUGAAAAAGCUUCACCGGGAUCGUGAUGGAGGGCCAUACUAUAGGGAGGUAGGAGAGUUUCCGAAGCUGGAAGAGAGUUUCUAUGCAAAUCCUCUACCAGGGUGCAUAUGUGAAAAGGGAAGGAGAAAGUAAAACCAGAAGACAAAGGCAGAGAGAAAGCUUUCCCCCCCUUGUUUCACUCUCCAACAGGUUGCGCCCAACUCCAGAAGCCUGACUUUUGAGGAGAGGUAUGGUGCUGCCUGCCAUUCUUCCACAAGUAUUAAGUCGGAAACUGGCGUUUGUACAUCUCGUCGUCGACCUUUUUAAGAACUGUUUCUACUUGAUAGGAGAGAACCUGGAAACAUUCAACAGCAAGAAAGAAAAGUGCAUAGCUGAAGGAAUGGAGGAGGGAACCAUUGGCAUUGAUUGUAGUCAUAGCUCCACAACUUUAUUUUUUUUGUGUGUGUACAAAACACAACACCGACACGAAUACUAAUGUAUGUAGCCACUGAGGGAUAUGGAAAAGCUGUAAAAUGUCGGCUCAAUUGGGGCUGAACAGGGUUGGUUUGCACUUAAAAGCGGCUCCAGAUUUGUUGGAGCCACCAUAUACACAUUGGAUGAUGGCUUAGUGAGUAGAGUUUAUAUUCAUUCUUGGAUGUCAAUAAAACCUUAAACAGGACUGUCAAUUUUGAAAGCAAAUGACACUGUUUCAAGCUAUGCUUUAUGCAGUUCAAUAAGUUGCUGAACUUACAAGCAUUGACAUUAAACAGGUUCACUGUUAUGCCCACAUCAUGAUGUGACCAUUUCAACGUCGAUUACGAGACCAUAUCAUAUCUCGUCGUAGAACACAUUAAACCUCCUCGACGAGCAUAAUUUAAACACAAUUCCACCAGAUCAUAUCAAUGUGCACGCUGUAUCCCUCCAUUUCUUCUCUUGUUCUUCAACUUGAAACAGUUCUCGACGACAUGGUUGUCCAUCUUGCAGUACCUGCAAAACAAUCUCUCACUCGAACCAUCCCUACCAACCUCUCUUGCUUCCACUCGUAAUUCGCGCACCCUAACCUCGUCCAAAGCAUCACGAAAACUAGGCAAAGGGUCCCUAACCAGCAACCGAUCCCUGACGGUGCUAAAUUUCUCAUUCAACCCAUUAAGGAAGCUUACCACGCGCUCUUCUUCCCGAUACUUGUUUAGAGCUUUCACAGCUUCACAGUCGCAGCUACAUUUAGGAAUCGGCCUGUGAAAACGAUACUCUGCCCACAGGGAUUCGAAUUUGGAGUGGUAGUCCGUAACAGAGAGGUUACCUUGUCGGAUGGUGAAGAUCUGAGUUUUGAGGUCGAUUAGGCGAGCUGGAUUUGGUCUUCCGAACGACUUCUCCAGUUGCUCCCACAGCUCGGCCGCUGUUUCGACUCGGUAGAAGGUUUGGGCAAUUGGGUCGGCGAGGGUGUGGAGGAGCCACAGCAGGACGGUGGCGUUGGACCUUGCCCAGUCGCGGUGAUUUGGGUCGGUGGCGGCGGCGGGUUUCUUGAUUUCGCCGUUGACGUAGCCGAUUAGGUCGGCGGCUGUGAGGGCUACGGUUACGCGACGGUGCCAGAGGUGGUAGUUUGUUCUGUUUAGCUUGGUGGGAAUGACGGGUAGCGGGAAAUCCUCGUCGGGGGUUGGGUAGGAGAUUCCUCCGCCGAUGGUGAGAUCGCCGUCGGUCAUGGCGAUUCGUUAAUUGGAUAUCGGGAAGCCGGGUGAUCGCAGGGAAAAGGAAUUUGAACUAUUUAUUGUUUUUUUUUU